AUGGACUCGGGUAAUUUCCAUCUUUUCCUUUCCAACUUCCAAAUGACAACCUUGGAUAAAAUGCUAAAGACAGUACUCGUACUGCAAUUGAUAAUACUUCAGCGGGUAUCAGCAGCUUCGUCAACAAAAGAGCAGCAGCAGCAGCAGCAUUCAGGUCUUUCGGGUCAAUGCGAUUGUGGAUACGUGGAUGAACCGGUAGCGAAUAGCAAGUUGCAAGAUGCAUCACGUGUGUGGACCGAUAUGUGGCAUGUGGAUUUUGCCAAUGGUCAGGCGACCGAAACGAUGAAUGACCUAUUUGUGGCGACGUACAAUAUUGAAGCCAAAUAUGAAGGAACGCAUGAUCGGACAUUCACCAAAGACAAUGUGUACAUGAACCCAUCUGGAGGUGGAUUAGUGGUGGCUGUUAGCAUCAAUGGAGAAACGAUGCAUUGUGGUGGAUUCGGUACACAACGAAACGAUUUCUUAUAUGGUUCAUUCCGUGCCAAUAUCAAGACGACGCCUGUCAAUGGCACAGUAUCAGCCAUGUAUUUGUACAACCCACAAGAGGAAAUUGACAUUGAAAUUCUCAGCUCGGUUGCUCCCCCACAAUCUUAUUUCGCUAUUCAUCCAGGCUUAUUGGAAGAUGGCCAUGCUUCUCACUUGACCCACGAUAAUCAUCAUCUUGGAUAUGACCCAACUGCAGAAUUCCACGAGUAUCGUUUCGAUUGGCUACCCAAUCUUGCCAUUUUCUACAUUGACGGUGUCGAAGCACAGCGAUUGACAACCAACAUUCCUAAACUACCAAGCCGCUUCAUGUUCAACCACUGGUCUGAUGGCAAUCCAAACUUUAGCAUGGGUCCUCCCAAGGAGACAGCUCGAAUGGAGAUUAUGAAUAUCACAGCCUUCUUCAACCAUAGCCAAGUCGAUCCUGCAAAUGGUUUCAACACCGUGGUACCAGCAUCCUGUCAAAAGACACAAAAAGCUUGUAGUGUGAAUGGGAUUGCCGAUUAUCUUGCACAACAAGCAUCCAACACCAGCAGUGCAACCAAGAAUCCACUCACUCAAACUGCCCAAUUUCCAUCCAACGAUGACGAUAAUGCCAUCCCUUCCUCGUUCAGAGAUCCACAAUAUGGCAAAGCAAAUCCAUCCUCUUCAUCGUCGCUAUCAUCAUCCUCAUCAUCCAAUUCGGCUGGGUCUCUCAUUGGUAUCAAUGCAUACACAUCAUCCAUUGCCAUGGCGACCGUUGCUAUCCUUUUCUUCGUUGGCGGGAUGAAUGUAAUGUUUAUAUAG